AUGGGUACUUUUUCUAAGAUCGUGAAGAGCAGGGUGUGGAAGAAGAGGGGGGCUGUAAAGGAGCUGUGGAAGAGGAAGGAGGAAGAGGGGGGAAAGGAGGGGGGAAGGGAAGGAGGGGAAGAAGGGGAGGGAGAAGAAGAAGGAAGAGGGAAAGAAAGAGAGGUUACGGCUCGGGGGCAGCUGAAGUUUGGUAUCGAGCUCGAGCUACGUCUCAAGCCAAAGCCAGAGCUCGAACUGAAUUCAAAUGCCGCCCGAGCCAAACUCAAAGAGGCUAAGGUCACGCUGCCCAAUGAAUGGGAUGUGUUCGCCGAAACCCUCAAGUCCCUACUUUCCGCCACCAAGAUUGAGGCUGUGGUCAACCCGGGAGAAGGGGAAUAUGGUAAUUGGGGCAUCAAGACGGAAGGGACCAUCGGGCGGAUUGAAGGUGGCUUCUUUCCCGUCGAGAUCGUCCCCCCAAAAUUGUCUUUUCUCCCGACGCCAAAAACACAUCCCAUGUCUGAGCUUGCUACUGUUUGGAAGUGCUUGGGGCAAAGUUACGAUGUCGAUGUCAACGAAAAGUGUAGUACGCAUAUACACUUCUCCCUUCUCGAUAGGGAUUGGGAACUCGACGAUCUCCAAUCACUGGCCAAAGCAAUCUUGAUGCUUGACCCCCUCAUCAACAGACUCUUUCCAGACCGUCAAUACAAGAAAUGGUGUCGCGCCAACACCUUUUCCUGCACGCCCUAG